AUGCAGACCGCCGCUCCGAGUCCAACGUUGUUCAUUGUCUCGCGCGUUUUCGUCGGUCGUUCAGGCGCCUGGUUCCAAAGUGCUGCCAUCCUGGUCACUGAAUUGGCGUAUCCGACCCAUCGCUCCAAGCUCGUCGCCCUGUAUCAGUGCAUGUACUAUUAUCACGCCGGUGGCGACGAAGCAUCGCCGCUGGUCGCGUUACAGAUGCAGGAGAUUACCGAUUCUAUCCGGCAGGAGGACGAGAUGGCGAACAAUGCUCGGUGGUCUCAAAUGCUCAAGACGAAAGGGAAUCGACACCGUUUCCAUAUCAGUGUCACGAUAGGUAUCGCCGCCCAGUGGAACGGAGUCUUCAAUACCACGGGAGUCGCUGCCGUUGGCACCGCCGUCAUCCCGUUCUUGUUCAUCUACUAUGCCGGCUAUGACCUGGCAUAUACCCCGCUGCUCAUCGCCUAUCCCGCUGAAAUCUGGACCUACUCGCUCCGGAGUAAGGGUGUUGCACUCACCUACAUGUGCACCUACCUUGCUCUUAUCUUUAAUCAGUUCAUCAACCCUAUCGCAAUGGAUGCGAUCGGAUGGAAAUAUUACGUUGUGUAUAUUUGCCUCUUAGUCGUGAUCUUGAUCAACGUCUGGCUCACCUACCCUGAAACUCGCGGAUACUCCCUUGAAGAAAUGGUCGUCGUAUUCGAUGAAGUCGAGGCAGAUGGGGGAAUAGCAACCAAGGCUUCAGAUAUGGGAGUGGUUAGCCAUCUAGAAGACUCUCACAACACGGAGAAAUUGUGA